CGAGCGCACUGGCCCAUGGAGCGAACGCCCGAGCCCGCCGUCUUGAUCCACGGACUCCUCGGCUGGGGCAAGCGCAAGCCGCUGUACAACUGGGGCCCCGACUACUGGCCCGUCGAUGCGCUGGCGGCUGUGAAUCCUAACUGCAUCGUGGUCGACGUGGGCGUCGCAUCAUCCGACCACGACCGCGCGUGCGAGGUCUUCUACCAACUCAUGGGCGGCCGCGUCGACUACGGCGAGAUCCACGCCUUGGAGAAGCAGCACUACCGCUACGGCUACACGUUUGAGACGCCGUUGUACGCUGCAUGGAGCGAGGACAACCCCGUGCACCUGAUCGGUCACAGCUACGGCGCGACGACAGGUAGCGUACUCCACUCGACAAUCGUAUAUCGAAACAAAGUAGCAUUGGAGCUCUACCAGCUGAUCUGCACCGACUUUUUCAACGUCGGCAGCAACCACAAGUGGGUCAAGAGCAUCACGUCGAUCGCAGGUCCUCUCAGCGGCGCGACGCUCGGCCACAUGUGCGGUCUCGAGGCCGACGAGUCGAUCAAGGCCGGUGGUAUCAACCACAUUGUCGGGUCGGCCAUCUCGACGCUAUGGAAGCUGCAACACCACUUCCCUUGGCUUGACAACCUCUACUCGAUUCGCAUGCCGCAGUGGCUCGGCUACUCUCAAUGGUCGACCAUCUACGACGUCAACAGCACGCCCAUGACCACUGGCGACAUGGCGUCCUACUGCCUCCUUCCGUCGUCGCGCAUGCGUCGCAACGGCGAGUUUGUGCACAUGGACAAGGUCCACCUCGUGAGCAUCGUGUCGCGCGAUGACGCGCCUCCGUCGCCCCACUACCGCGACGUCGCUGCUGUUCUCGUUGUGCUUGUCUUGUGGCGCGCCGGCAAGCUCAACAAGUGGCUCCUGGGGCUCGUCGGGCUCGCGGCGUGGCGGCGGUACCGGUCCUUUGACGCGGCGCAGAUGCCGUUCCUCAUGACGUUCUUCCUCCGCCGCCACGCGCACUCGAUCGCGACGCCGAUCUACGCCAGUUUUGAAAAGGAGGAGUGGGCGGCCAAUGACGGCGUCGUCAACACAUACUCGAUGCUGCGCCCGCGCUACUGCGAGACGUUUGCCGCAGACCCCGACUUGCCGCGCAUUCCGUCGCACGUCUCGAUCGACUUGGAAGAAGCGGCGACCGCGCUGCCGACGGGGCAAUGGCACGUCUACCGCGUGGCGAAGAACCAUUUUUGCGGAACACGCUGGGACCGCGACGCCAAAGAGCUCUACACCAAGCUCUUUCGCCUUCUCAAUGCGUCGCAGACACCGGGUCGCAUCGCGUAAGCUCAAAGUUCUUUUACAUUCCUAAAAUUUGUGAAUCCAUUCCUUUCCUGAAACACCGA